UGUCGAAUUCCCCUCCCUCCUUUUCUUUUAAAAACAACAUCCAAAGCCCAAACACACCUCAGACACAUUUAAAAAAAAGGAAAAUACAGCAUACACGAAGUUCAUUAGUUCCCAUUGCCCAACAUCUAAAAAGAAACGACUGAACUAUAAGCAAAGAGAAUGAGGGAAACAAGACAAAGCGCCAUGAAGGGAAGAGAAACCAAGGGAGCUCCUUCAGCAGAUUUGCUAGUAUGUUUCCCAUCUCGAGCCCAUCUAACCCUAAUGCCAAAGCCCAUUUGCAGCCCAGCAAGACCAUCAGAACCCAACAAACGCCACCACCACCACCACCACCACCAUCAGCACCAUCACCGUCUCCUUAAGAAAUCAAGCAUUAGAAAUGGUGGUGGAGCUGGCGGCCAAGCUAGCCCUCUUUUAUGGGCUAAAAACAAGCAAAUGGGCUCCGAGAUCGCGGAACCAACCUCCCCAAAAGUCACCUGCGCAGGGCAGAUCAAGGUCAGGUCUAAAACAAGCUCAUGCAAAAGCUGGCAAUCAGUCAUGGAAGAGAUUGAAAGGAUUCACAACAGCAGGCAACACAAAAAGAGGCCAAGUUGGUUGGAGUCUCUCGGUUUUAAGAAAGAAGUCAUGCAGUUCUUAACAUGUUUGCGAAGCAUUCGUUUCGAUUUUCGAUGUUUCGGGUCUUUUCCUCAGUCUGAUAUCACUACUGAUGAUGAAGAUGAAGAACAUGAAGUAUACCAAGAAAACCUCAACCAUGCAGAAAGCAAUGAGACAUCGAGAACCAUCUUUUCCAAAUGGUUCAUGGUGCUGCAAGAGAAUCAAAACAAGGGGUUCCGUAAAGAUGAAAAGAAAGAAAAAGAGAGGUCCCAUGAUGUUGACGAUCAAGCUGCAGUUCCUCCUCCAAACGCUCUCUUGCUUAUGCGUUGUAGGUCUGCUCCUGCUAAGAGCUGGUUAGAAGAGAACAGGGUAGUAGAAGAGAAUGCGGAAAGCACAGAAAAUGAAGAGGAAGAAGAAGAAUAUAACAAAAGAGAUGAGAAGAAAACAAAAAAUUUAAGGUCAUUAAUGGAAGAAGAAAACAGAAAGAAAAAAGAGAGCUUGGUGGUGAUGAGAUACGACCCAGAUUUCUACAAAAUUUCAUCUGAUAUAGCAAAAGAGACAUGGCUUGUUGGUGGAAUGAAAGAUCCAUUAUCCCGAAGUCGAAGUUGGAAAAGAUGAUUAUCCCGGUGAUGACUAUCUUUUUUUCUUCUUUUUUCUUGUUCACUUCAUAAAUAUUUUGUCUGUGCUUUAUCUUGAACCUUUUCCCUCUUCAAUCUGUGGUUCUUCUGUCGGGACCGGGAAUUCCAAACCUAAUCACCACCCAUAGUUUACCUUUUGAAUUUUGAUAUAUCGUCAUUGCUAUGUAUGAUUUGAAGGUUGUAUUGUACCACAUAAUUUGUACAGCUUUCCUUUUCUUUCAAUUGGAAAAGAUUUAGCUGCCAUGUACAUCCUGUUUUAUACUUGCAUCCCCUGAAUUCAGAAAAUCUUAUUCUAGUUCCUUUUGA